GGCACAGGACCAGGCCAGAGUGGCUGGAACCAAGAGCUUUUGCUGUCCCAUCCGUACAGCGGGUAAAGUGUGAAACACGAGAGAGAUCUCCCCAUCCGCCGGUCCUGCAGGAUUGGGCUUAAAACCCUCGGUUCUGUGUGAGAGUAAAGAUAUCAGCACAAGCAACGCGACCUCCUCACCCGCAGGGGACGCUCGUCCGGGUCUGGUUGCCAGGCCUUCUCCACGCCCGGAAGCAUUUGUACUGUGUGCGAAGAGGUCUGACGCGCAAUUUCCGGUUUCCGACGUGCUCCCACGUGUGGGCCAAGAAAGAAGAGUCUGUGGAACAGGCGACAGGAAAAAGACAGAGAGGGACCGCGGAGAAGAACAGCCCGCAAAAUGUCGCACCUUCCGAUGAAGUUGCUGCGCAAGAAGAUCGAGAAGCGCAAUGAGAAGCUGCGUCAGAGGAACCAGCGGCUGAAGCAGAAAGAGGCCUUGAGGGCCAAUAUACCAGAAGCCCAAGAUGAGCAUGUAUCAGAAGAAACAGUAGAAGAAAUAAAAGUGGAAAAAUCUCCCAAGAAAUCUACAGUAUUAGCAGCCAGUGAAGAAUCAACUGCACAGCUCCCCAAUUCUGAAUUAAAAAAGAAAAAGAAGAAGAAGAAAAGGAAGAUAACAGCUGAUGCAGGACCUGAAAACAAAAAAGCAAAAACUGAAGACCAAGAGGAAUCUGAUGAUGAAAGUGAGAAAGAUCCCAAAAUAAAAGAAAAUACUAUGGAGGAUCAGAAUGAGGAUGCUGAAAUGCCCAGCCUCCCUCUUGGACUAACAGGGUCCUUUGAGGAUACUUCAUUCACUUCACUUAGUAAUAUCGUCAAUGAAAACACUCUGAAAGCAAUAGCAGAAAUGGGCUUUACUAACAUGACUGAGAUUCAGCAUAAAAGUAUCAGACCACUUCUAGAGGGCAGGGAUAUUCUAGCAGCUGCAAAAACAGGCAGUGGCAAAACCCUAGCAUUCCUCAUCCCUUCGAUAGAACUCAUUGUCAAGUUAAAGUUCAUGCCUAGAAAUGGAACAGGAGUCCUUAUCCUCUCACCUACUCGGGAGCUGGCUAUGCAGACCUUUGGUGUUCUUAAGGAACUAAUGUCUCACCACGUGCAUACUUACGGUUUGAUCAUGGGAGGCAGUAACAGAUCUGCAGAGGCACAGAAACUUGCAAAUGGGAUCAACAUUAUUGUGGCAACACCUGGCCGACUUCUGGACCAUAUGCAGAACACCCCAGGAUUUAUGUUUAAAAACCUGCAGUGUCUUGUUAUCGAUGAGGCUGACCGAAUUCUUGAAGUUGGGUUUGAGGAAGAGAUGAAACAGAUCAUCAAACUUCUGCCAAAACGCAGACAAACAAUGCUCUUUUCUGCCACACAAACUCGAAAGGUAGAAGAUCUGGCAAAGAUUUCCCUUAAGAAGGAGCCAUUGUAUGUUGGUGUUGAUGAUGAUAAAGAUACUGCAACAGUGGAUGGUCUUGAACAGGGAUAUGUUGUUUGUCCAUCUGAAAAAAGGUUCCUUCUACUCUUUACAUUCCUCAAGAAGAACCGGAAGAAGAAGCUGAUGGUAUUUUUUUCUUCAUGUAUGUCAGUGAAAUACCACUAUGAGCUUCUGAACUACAUUGAUUUACCUGUCAUGGCCAUUCAUGGCAAACAGAAGCAAAAUAAGCGGACAACUACCUUCUUUCAGUUCUGCAAUGCAGAUUCUGGAAUUUUGCUGUGUACAGAUGUGGCUGCCAGAGGGCUAGAUAUCCCAGAAGUAGAUUGGAUUGUCCAGUAUGACCCCCCGGAUGAUCCAAAGGAAUAUAUUCAUCGUGUUGGUAGAACAGCCAGAGGCAUAAACGGAAGAGGUCAUGCUCUGCUUAUUUUACGACCAGAAGAAUUGGGUUUUCUUCGUUACCUGAAGCAAGCCAAGGUACCAUUAAGUGAAUUUGAAUUUUCCUGGUCAAAAAUUUCUGACAUUCAGUCUCAGUUGGAAAAACUAAUUGAGAAGAACUACUUCCUUCAUAAAUCAGCCCAGGAGGCAUAUAAAUCCUACGUUCGAGCCUAUGAUUCCCAUUCUCUGAAGCAAAUCUACAAUGUUAACAGCUUGAAUUUACCUCAAGUUGCUUUAUCAUUUGGUUUCAAAGUACCUCCAUUUGUUGACCUAAAUGUGAACAGCAGCCAAGGGAAGAGGUUGCAAAAAAGAGGUGGUGGCGGUGGUUUUGGCUACCAGAAGCCCAAGAAUGUCCACAAGUCCAAAAUCUUCAAGCACAUUAGCAAGAAGAAAUCUGAUGGCAGGCAGUUCUCUCACUGAGGCAGUAACUUUUAUAAUCUUCAGUAACUUUGACCUCAGAUAAAGACUUGUCUUCGUUGCACUAACCAUGGAAUAUUUACAGCCUUCAGGAUUUGGAUUAUCUGAUUUACCACACUUAAGUGCAGUGGCUUCAACUAGUUUUUCUUAAUAAAAGUGAGAUGAAGCUAAGUUUUUCUUGGUUUCUAAAAGGCAAAUGACAUUUCCUUUUCAAUGGACAUUGACAAAUACAGAAUUUUAACUGUAGAUUAUAUUUUUCCAAAGAAUUUAUAUUUUCAAAUUGUGAACAGUUCCAUUUCUCUUAAGAGCAUUUUUCUUGGUCUUAUAUCCAGUCAUUCCUUACCAUUGUUUUUUUGAGAACUCUUUGGCUCAGAUUGCAAUAUUAAUGGACUUCAUAAUGUAGUCAGGGACAUGAGGAUCUUCUUGGCUAGCUGUACAAAUAAAGGCCUCAGUCUGUUCUGCUUAUUUCUUGGAUAAUACAAAUUGUCUUUGAUCCAUCCUAAAUAUUGUCUGCAAAAGCAAAGGACCUAUAACCUUUUGGUUGGGAUUUGUAGUCAGAGGACCAAGAUUCAAAUCCAAACUGCUUCUCUGUAAUCUGUGUCCCCUUAAGCUCUCUUGGCCUUGGUUUCCUUAUCUGUAAAAUGAAGGGGUUGCCCAAAUGGCCUCCAAGGUCCCUUGCUAGCCCAAAACAUGAUCCUAUAGGAACUUGUUAAUAAAUCUCAUAAAUUUAAGAUUGUUUGCACUUAUUACCAUAGUAAUAGAUUACAUGAAGAAGAUGUUUCAGUUUCUUUACUUUUGACCUGAUUCAUUAGAAACAUCUGUAAUGCAUCCCUUUCUUUCUGUUGCUAUACAAAUCUCUGGUAUUCUGUGAAAAUAAAAUAUGCCCCACAAACAAAUCAUAAAGUUUAUUCCAAGGCUUAAACUGGGGUGCUCUCUGAGCAGUCACUGCACGUCCCUAGAUACGGAAACCUGGGCUCAGAUUCUUAUUGGACCCUGAGCAAGUCACAUGACUUCUCUGAACCUCAGUUUUCUCUGUGAGCAUCAAAUGAAAUAAUGGUAAAAUACUUGCAAAUCUUAAAAUUCUGUAUAAAUGUUAGCUAUUAUUAUUGUGCUUCUAGUUAACAAAACCUUGCUUGUAAAAGCCUCCAGUGUUUGCAUCAGUCAGUCAAACGUUAAUCACAAAUGUUUUGAAUUUUGGUAAGAUCAGCGCUCAUAUUCUAGGCUCCUUGAAAAGCAAGGUCCAAGAGAACCAGAAACAAAAUAAAUACUCAUCACUUGGGAAAUAGCUAAACAGAUCAUGCUGAAUGGAUGUAAUGAAUAUUAACUGCGCUAUAAGAAAUGAUGAAUAUGAAGACUUCAGAGAAGCACGGGAAGUUUUAUGUGAACUGAUCCUAAUAAGCAGAAUAAGGGAAGCAAAAUAUAUGACCACAACAUGGAAGAGAAAGGGGGGGAAAGCGAAUGCUGUAAUUAUAGUGACUUGCAGAGGUGGAGGCCUAUCAUUUGCUAGAGGGGGGAAGGGGUUGCUGAACUACUUAAAUCUUUUUUAAAAAUCUUUGUUACAGGGGAUAGCUCAGUGGUAGAGGUUGGGAGGGAUAGAUUUGGAAAUACAGGGGAUGUGAAAACAAGAUUUCAAUAAAAGUGUAAUUUUUAAAACAAAA